GUCAGACAAUAAGGCGGCGAGCACCCAAAAGAGCGAUAGGUACGAAUUUUUACUUUUGGCUACGAUCAUUUGUCUACGAAACUUCGGCGCGUUUAGUUCGUCAGGCUUCGCAGCGCGGACAAAACAAUACAAGAAAAGACAUACAAACUAUUUAAAUUGGGUCUUGAAGCAGCAGCCAAGGCAACAGCUACAAUAACAACAAUAUCUACAAAAAGGGCCCAGCUGCGUGGUGUGCAUUGUGUUUGAAAGUGGCUGAGGCAAAAGAAAAAAAUAAAUUUUUUAAAUAAAACGAAAAGAAAAGCGACAAAGUACUUAAAUUGCAAUUAAAGUUAUUUGGUCUCUGUGUAAAUUUGUGAAGAAAGUUUGAAGUUGCUUGAAGUAGUUUGGAGCUGUUGCGACACCUCACAUCCGGCACUGUGUUGGAUUAAGUGUUAAACGUAACCGUAACCGUAACCGUAAUAAAAUGGGUCAUCUGUCCACUACGGAGCACGUUUGCAACACGGCGCCCACGCCGAGCACGGGCGAAGGCAGUCCGUCAAUGUUGUCGCGUCGCUCCAAGCUAAAGGACAUGUCGCCGGAGCUGUCCAAUGGACAGGCGGCAAAUCCAGCUGCUGUCGUUACGGAGCAGAAGGAGUACGAGAAGCAUAUACCACGCAACAUGAUCAAUCUGGAGGAGUACAAGCGCUCCUUCCGCGGCGACAAUAUCCUUGGGUGGAAGUUUAACGCACCCUUGAAGUGGGAUAAAGUCAUUCAGAUAUCCCUUUUGCACUUCAUAUGUGUUGGCUGUCUGUUGACGUAUCCGCUGCACAGACUCAACUGGAACACUGUGCUCUGGUCCUUCUUCACUGGUGGCGUGGCCGGCUUUGGAGUCACUGCUGGCGCCCAUCGUUACUGGACACAUCGCAGCUACAAGGCGAAUGUUGUGCUGCGCUUCAUUUUGAUGAUCUGCUUCUGCGUGUCGGGACAGAACACUCUCUAUGACUGGGUGCGCGAUCAUCGAGUGCAUCACAAAUACUCGGAGACAGACGCAGAUCCCCACAAUGCCAAUCGCGGCUUCUUCUUCUCGCAUGUGGGCUGGCUGAUGAUGCUGAAGCAUCCAGAAGUGCUGCGUCGAGGCCGUCAGAUCGAUAUGAGCGACAUCAUGGCCGAUCCGGUGGUUCGUUUCCAUCAGAAAUACUUCGUACCGUUGAAGAUCUUCCUCUGCUUUAUACUGCCCACCGUGGUACCGGUCUACUUCUGGGGCGAGGAAUGGGCCCUCUCGUUUAUCCAGCAGUGCAUCUUUCGUUAUGUGAGCAGCCUGAACUUCACCUGGUCUGUGAAUAGUGCGGCGCAUUUGUGGGGCUCCCGACCAUUUGACAAGCGCAUCAUGCCCAGCGAGAACAUUUACGUCUCCAUUGUAGCCAUGGGUGAGGGCUGGCACAAUUACCACCACGUCUUCCCCUGGGACUACAAAGCAGCGGAGCUGGGCCAAUAUUCGGUAAACUUCACCACCAUGGUGCUGGAUGCCUUCCACAAGCUGGGCUGGGCCUGGGACAUGAAGCAACCUUCCAAGGAGCUGGUGCUUCGCACGCUCCAGAAAUAUGGCGAUGGCACACACAAGUCGCAGCAGGGAAAGGAGGGCGUGGACGGCACCUCAGGUGCUGGCACACAAAUGAUCGGCCAUAUACACUAUGCCGAGGUGCCCGAUCCGGAGUUGGAGGAUGAAGCCGAGUCGAGCAGCACGGAGAGCGCCAAGCUGGAUGAGAACGAGAACGAGAGCGAGCGGCAGAAGAAGGCAACGAAGAAGGUGGCCACUUAGUGGCUUACUGGAACCAAGUCUUUGGUUACUUAAGUGUGGGGCUCAGAAAUGUACAAGAAAAUCACAAAUGUUUUUUUAAUAUCUAUUAUUUAAUGCAAGGCCUCCAACUGGAGAACAGGUCUUGUAUGGCUGUACUAUAUACGAUAUCUGUAUCUAUGCAUCUGUAUCUAUACCUUUCUACACUUGCGCAUUAUUCAAACCUGAAGCGAGGGCGGGAUUUUUUGAUAGAUGAUAUUUGUUUAUCUUAUUUUAUUUUAUUUUAUUCGUAUUUUUAUUUGUAUUAACCUCAAUCUCAAAUUGUCGUGCUACACCUUUCAGGCGCGAGCUCUUUUUUGUGGUCAAAUGGGUUUCCGUAUGUAUAAGACAGAUUUCGACUUCGACUUCCGACUCAGACAAUACAAAUACAAGAACACCACCAUUAUGGUCUUAUGACACUGGACUACACUCUAAGCUAGACAUUUAGUUUGACUGUGAAAAAGAGAUCCAAACAACCAGCUAUUGCAGAGCAAGAAUUGUAUACUCUGCUGUAUUGUGUUUUUAAUGUUCGACCAUCAAUUUUUCCUUCAAGUUCAGUUUUAUGUCUGGUGUAAUAAGGCCAUAAGAGCUGCAAUGCAAGCGACAAUAAAGCACCAAGAACGAAGCACACACCCAUCCAUAAUCAUUUGUUUAGGUCUAGGUAUUUAGCAUUUAGCAUUAUACGACAUAAUUUAAGCGAAACAAAAUCGGAAAAUAAAUAUACAUACUUAUAAAAAAAAACAAAACAAAUGUACAAAUAAACAAUUCUAAAAACUACAAA